AUCAACGACAACACAUACACUGAUAUACAUUGAGCACAAGUAACACAUCAAGCAUAAACGCGUUAAUCACUCGCUUACAGUUCGUCCGCUGCACCCCCAUAGGACCCGCUCACCUCGCGCAGUCACUGGUGUAGGUGCAUAGCGCACUCAGAUAUAGGUUUUGGCAUAGCAGCAGCGUCAAGGGCAGCCGCUCAGACGCUUAGCGAAAAUGAACGGAGACGUGGCGGGCAGCCUCUUCACGUCCACGUACCGCAACGUAAAACUUGCGGGGAAAGCUCCACCUGCAGCUAACCUAUCCGGGACAGGCUCGUGCUUUGACACGACAUCGCUAUCGCCGGCGCGAGCUGGUGCGCAUAAGGCGCUCGAUGUGCAGAAGGAUGAGCUGCCGGUGUGGUCCAAGUCCACAUUGUCCUACAAGUACCCCGCUGGCAGGCCCAACCCCACUGGGUUUCUGAAGAAGGGCGACGGCGAGAUGAUUAAGACGAAGACGGGAGGGUUUGAGGAACGGAAGCCGUCCCCACCUCAAGCGGGCGCGUACAAGCGCCGGGAAAACCCGCCGAACACGGCGUUUCGGCGCUUCUACGAGCGUGGCGACUUGCCCAUCGCUGUGGACCACCGCGGCUCAAAGAACAUGAUUGCGUGGAAGGUGGAUAUUGAGAAGCUGGACUACCACCACUACCUGCCCAUCUUCUUCGACGGCAUCCGCGAGACGCAGGAGCCGUACCGCUUCCUGGCGGUGAAGGGCGUGGAGGACAUGCUGCGCGUGGGUGGGUCCAAAAUCCUGCCCGUCAUCCCGCAGCUCAUCAUCCCCAUCAAGACGGCGCUCAACACGCGCGACCACAGCGUCAUGUGCAUCACGCUGCAGCUCCUACAGAAGCUGGUGCUGUCGGCGGACCUGGUGGGUGAGGCGCUGGUGCCCUACUACCGCCAGAUUCUGCCCAUUUUCAAUCUGUAUAAGAACAAGAACAAGAACCUGGGCGACGGCAUUGACUAUGGCCAGCGCAACUACGACUGCCUGGGGGAGCUCAUUGCGGACACGCUCGCGCUGUUCGAGCAAAAGGGCGGUGACGACGCCUUCAUCAACAUCAAGUACAUGGUGCCCACCUACGAGUCCAGCGUGAACUACGCAUAAAGCCGCCGACAGCCAGUACAGGCGGAGCGGUUCGCGCGGCAGGAGGAGCGGCUAGCUAAAGAGGUCGAAAGUUGCUUUGGGCACUUCAGCUUGGCGGUGCGCAUUGGAUGUGGCCGAUGGGCUACGCACCCCUUGGCUCUGGCGGCAGCGACCGCGUGCGGGGCAGGGGAAUGUCGUGUUUCCUUUAUUGCUAUGCCAGGGUACGUAAAUGGGUGGCAGAGCGCUGACUGAUUCGGUCUUGACGAUGCAUCGUUCGCAUCCUGCAGGUUUCAGCUGACCGUUUACUGACUAACAACAUAGGCAGGCCUUGACAUUACGUGUUCAUUGCAAUGGCAAGGGGGCCAGCUGACACGAGGUACCGCUAGGUACCGCUUUCAUAGAUGUUAGGUUUCCUUCGUAUGCAACUCUGCAGCCAGCCACACAGGGGGGCGGCAAGUCGGAUCUGAGGGCACUGUGGUGUCAAAAGAAGUUAAGAAGAGUAGGUGGGUAGCUUCAGUUGGAGAUGUACAUUGUUGGGCUGAGCCCCCGGAGUGCAGCAAUUCAGGGGGGCUGAAGCCCCCCAAAGUAACACCCCUAUCCGUGUCGUUAACGUAAGUCGAAGCAUGGCUCCGUGGUGGGCCGCGUGCCCACAGCAUGUCAGCCUCUCUCAUGCCUCUCUGAUCUCGGCAGUCAUGCAUGCCAGACGGGCUGUUGUUGGACAUGUUCGUGUGGUUAAGAUCAGACAUCUAAGGAGUCCCGUUGCUCCUUAAGUUCAUGGCAAGACACGGCAAGUCUCCGCGGUCCAACGAUGUACGGUGCGGUAGUU